AUUUAAAUAGGUCAUCGGGGUUGAACAGGUGAUUGCUAAAGCGCUGGCAGGUCAGGUGCUGAUGCGCUGCAUUACAAAAUUGUUUUCGAACAACGAGUAGGACGAGUAGGGAUAGUGAAGCUCCAGAUGGAAGGGGGAAAGUUCUGAGACAGGGUUGACUGUGCUAUGUUUACCGAGCACUGCAGAGUUGCCAACCAGGCGCUUCAACUUCGUUUGUCCAUCAGGGGCGCAGCAUUCUGGAAAGGGGCAGGAUUCGACUCUCUGGCUCCAAUUGGCGUUUCCUUUUGUAAUCAUAUCUGUGUGAACAACUACUGCACACCAAUCAUUCUAGCGGGGCUUUCUCCACUUCAAUCUUAGUCCUUGACCAGAAGUGAUGAGGGGGCUGCACAGGUCAACGCAAUCUUGUCUAACAAGACCAUCAGUUCAUGUCCUGGUUGAAGAUGCAUUCCUGAGCUCAGCAACAACGUCAGCGAGGUGCCUUUUUGCCCAACUGCAAAACCACCGCAACAGUCUCAGCAUAAAAGGACUCCUGAAGAAGGAGCAAGUGCAGCGGUGCACCAGAGCUGGAAGCGGUGGCCUUCGCAGGGCAGACUACAUGGCGGCAGGAUCGCCUGUUCUAACCAACAUCUUGCCCGCCCAAGAUGACCACAUUGAAGCAGCGUCGAAAGCACUCAAGGAGGGCCUAGUUGUAGCUGUCCCAACGGAUACUCUGUAUGGGCUGGCGGCUGAUGCUGGGUCCGCAUCUGCUAUUCGACGCCUAUACGAGAUCAAGGCGCGGCAGGCCAGCAACCCCAUUGCUAUCUGUGUAGCAGACAUUCCGGAUGUUCAGCGCUAUGCCAGUACGGACCACCUGCCGACGGGGCUGCUGGAAGCCCUCCUUCCAGGCCCAGUUACUCUGGUGCUUAACCGACUUUCGGGCGGCCCCCUUUCGGACGACCUCAACCCCGGCGUCCCCGGCAUCGGUGUCCGAAUACCGGACGCCCACUUCAUCCGCAGUCUCGCCCGGCACUUUGGAGGAGCGCUGGCGCUGACGAGUGCCAACGUCAGCAACGCAACGAGCACGGUCGCGGUGGACGAGUUCCGAGAGCUGUGGCCCGCGUGCGCGCAUGUGUUUGACGGCGGUCGCCUCCAGGGCAGUAGAGAGGGCUCCACGGUAGUCGAUCUCACGAAGCCGGGUGGUUACCGGAUACUUCGGCCUGGCAGUGCUUUCAAGUCCACAACGGCAGUUCUGCAAGAGAAGCACGGCCUUCACGACUCAGCAUGAAGCGAAACCUACGGAAGUAAGCAUACAAGGGUGAGAUGCUUUUGCACUAAGUCAAAUGCUGAGAUUGAGACAUAGAUAUAGGAGUCGCAUAUAUCUGUCUCGCACAAGCAUUGGAUGCCUUUAUUGAACUAUACCAUGACGCUCUGUGGCUAGCUGCUGGCAAAGGUGGUUCUCUGGAGCAUCAUUUACAAAUAGACUUGUUCACAUUGCAGCUCUUUUCGUACACAAGCUGGGGAACUUAGUAGUCUAGUCGUCUGAGAUAGGUCCUGAAUUCACCUGUAAAUUGUGACGGGGCAAAGUAAUGCACGAUGAUGGUUAUGGUAACCACGUGUGUAUACACGUGUAAAGUAGCAUGUAUAGUACAUGCCGACGGUGACUGGAUACGUGGAUUGCUGGCCACGCACACAAGAGCUCUGACAUGCAGCUUUGCUCAG